UCGGAAGGACUUUUGGACUCUUGCUCAAUGGGCUGACUCAGUGAGGAGGUGGCUGGGCUGUCCUUCCAGACUGCCCCUCCCCAGGCCUGCGCCUGCCAGCAGCUGCCAGACCCUGGCCAGCUGGGAGCCCGGCCGGGGCGUGGGUUUGGUGAGGGAGGGAGAGAGGGGGCGGGCACGGGUGUUGUUUGGGUGCCGGCUGGACCAGCACCAUGGAGUUACACCUGUGCCGCCCAGGUGCUCUCGAGCCCCAGGGAGGCAGAGGUGCAGGUGCUGUCCUUGCUGGCCUUGGACAGUUUCUCCUCUAGUCUCUGCCCCCCAACUGCUCCCCAACUCCUGGAAACCCUGACACAGCCCGGGCCUCCUCCUCUGGCUGUGAGGUCUAGCGGAUGCAGUCUGACCCCCUCAAAGGGUGUCCCAGCUGGGGAAACUCCAGGCCACCCCCACAUCCUGGCCCGGCUUGGGCGUGGUGCCCGCCCUCCCUGCCCGGUGCCCCCUCCUCCCAGAAGCCCGCCAUGGAGAGCAAGGAUGAGGUCAGCGACUCCGACAGCGGCAUCAUCCUGCAGUCUGGCCCUGACAGCCCGGUGUCCCCGAUGAAGGAGCUGACCCACGCGGUCCGCAAGCAGCAGAGGGCCCUGGAGGCGCGGCUGGAGGCCUGCUUGGAGGAGCUGCGGAGACUCUGCCUGAGGGAGGCGGAGCUGACGGGCACCUUGCCAGCGGAGUACCCCCUCAAGCCAGGGGAACAGGCCCCCAAGGUCCGCCGCAGGAUCGGAGCGGCUUACAAGCUGGAUGAGUGGGCCUUGCACAGGGAGGACCCCCUGAGCGGCCUGGAGCGCCAGCUGGCCCUGCAGCUGCAGAUCACGGAGGCGGCGCGGCGCCUGUGCCUGGAGGAGCCCCUGAGCCGGCAGGCGCGGCGGCAGCGCAAGCAGGCGGCGCUGCAGGAGGAGAAGAAGCUGCGCGAGCUCCGGCGCUGCCUGGGCGAGCAGCGGCGCAGCAGCGAGCCCCCUCCGGCCGCCGCGCUCCCCUUGGGCCAAGAGCUCAGUGCCUCCGAUGACAGCUCCCUGUCGGAUGGGCUCCUCCUGGAGGAAGAGGAAUCCCAGGUGCCAAAACCUCCCCCAGGGUCCCCAGCUUCACCUUCCCGGCCUCUCCCACCCCAAAGCCUAGAGGGGCUGCAGCCAGCAGGGCCUGAGACGGGGGGCCUGGAGCGAGCCCCAAUCCAGAACAGCCCCUGGAAGGAGACCAGCCUGGACCACCCCUACGAGAAGCCCCAGAAGUCUUCCGAGCCCUGCAGCGAGUCCAGCAGCCCCGCCACCACACCGCAGGAUGGGCCCAGCCCCUCCAGCCCGUGGCUGCUGGAGCCCAUGUCCUACCUGAUGGUCCCCGUCCGAGGGGCUCCCGGACAGCGGCAGGGCCGCACCAGCGCCCCGGCCACCCCCGAGAUGCAGGGCAGGAGGGGCCAGUCACAGUCUCUGAGGAUGGAGUCCUUCCGGGCGGGUCCCGAGGGCCGCGGCCGCAGCGCCUUUCCCCGCCGCCGCCCCACCCACUACACGGUGACCGUGCCGGACUCCUGCUUCCCCGCGACCAAGCCCCCGCUGCCCGCGGCCGCCUGCCACUCGUGCUCGGAGGACAGCGGCUCGGACGUCUCCAGCAUCUCGCACCCCACCUCGCCGGGCAGCAGCAGCCCUGACAUCUUCCUGCGGCCGCUGUGUCCACCCGAGGCCCCUCGCCACCACCGCGGGGCCUGGGGCCCGGGCGGCAGGGAGCUGGCCGCCCACUACCCCAAGCUGCUGCUGCCCACGGGCUACUUCCCGGCGGGGCGCUACGUGGUGCUGGCCGAGGGCCACCUGCCGCCGGGCGAGUGGGAGCUGUGCCGCGCGGGCGCGGCCUUCGCGGAGGAGGGCGGCGCGCUGCGCUACCAGCGCCUGGUGCCCUCGCACAGCCGCGUGGUGCGCACGCCCUCGCUGAAGGACAGCCCCGCCGGCCGCGCGCUCAGCAAGGCCGCCGUCUCCGAGGAGCUCAAGUGGUGGCACGAGCGGGCGCGCCUCCGGAGCGCGCGCCCGCACUCGCUGGACCGCCAGGGCGCCUUCCGCGUGCGGAGCCUGCCCCCCGGGAGAGACGGCUUCGGGCGAGCGCUGGGGCCCCGGACACAGGUGCCCGCGGUGUGCGUGCUCCGGAGAUCGCCCGAGGGGGCCCCUGUGCAAGUCUUCGUACCCGAGAACGGAGAGAUCAUCAGCCAGGUGUAACCCAGGCCAGGGGCACCAAUGCCCCGAUGCCUCGGCCCCUUCCCCAGGAAAGACUUUCAUAGCGGGGGCUGGGCUGAGACCCCCCUGCCCCCGCCCCCGAGAGUGCCUUCCUCGGCUCCCACCCAUCGCAGGCCGAUGACCUGGAGCUGAGACCUUUUAUCUUUUUUUUUUUACACAAGUCUUUUUCAGAAGCCCUGACCUGAGGAUUUAUAUUAAUAUUUGUCACUUGUCCUCAAGAUCCCUGUAAUAUGAUCAUGAGUUACCACCCGGUGGACUCUGGACCCCUGGACGAAAGGCCUUAUCCGUCUGACAGACGGCAUCUAUCUGUCGCUGUGUGCGAGACUCGGGGCAGGGGGUGCUCGGAGCAGGGAGGGAGCGCCACCUCGGGAUUCUGCAGAACUUCCCCCAAGAACGGCCUUCCCUGGAAAGCGGGCGCUCUCGUCCCGUCCCGCUGUUGCCGGGUGCUGGUGUGGCGCACACUCGUGCACGAAACUGCCCUCCCAUUCCCAGGUCUCUGGGAACCGCAGCCUGGGCCACGGGAGAAUCUCCUCCCCUGUGUAAUGUGCUCUGUGAUGCACGCACCCAGCGCGGGGACAGAGUCCACCGUGUCCUCGUGGACCGCUGUCUUCCCGGACCCCAGAGAUCCCCUUCAGGGGUCCAGCCACUGCCCCUCCCUCUGCCCUGCAGCCCCCAGACCUCCGAGCCUUGAGUCAGGGGCUUCCCCGGAUGGAGGAACAGGGGUCCGGCCGGCCUGCGCUGGUUGGGCACAGCAGCUCCCCCUUGACAGCCACCACUGGGCGUUUCAAGGGCUCAUAGUCCCACCACCAACAUCUUUUCUUUGUAGUCCUAAACACCAACGCCUUACAAGUAUUUCUGGAAAGGCACCACUUUUGUGGCAUUUUCUGAGGGGAGGGAGGCAGGAGGUCACUGUUCCUACGUCCCUCGAAACUAUGCUUCUGCUCAGAGAACGCCCUUAUUUAUAGAAACGUGGGCAUAGUCACUCCCGAUCUGCUGGACCUUCCUCAAGGGCAUUAACGAACUGUCUGCGAGGCGGGACAAGGGCAAGUCUGGAGGCCGCCUGGCUGGGACCGCCCGACGGGCCCCAGGCUCUCGUCCUAGAGCCGUCUUUGCUUGCAGGACAGAUGCCCGGGUCGGGGUCCUGCUUCAGGGAGAAAGCAACUGGGCAGAGGCUAGGAGGGGUCGGGACAGCUGAGUUCUGUGCGGAAUUCGCUCCCAUCCAAGCGCCUGAACCGGCGCAGAGCCUGAGUGUGGCAGACGGCUCCGAGAACGUUGACGCCCGGCCCAAAGGGGGCACGUUUCUUCUCCCUGCUGGAGAGAGAAAGUGGCCGAUUGCACAAGGGGACCAGGGCAGGAGCCAGGGUGGCCCGUCAGAGGACUCUGGGGGAGGAGAGGGGAGACCGGGGGGGUCACACCUGGCAUUUCUCUCAUUGAGUUCUUACCACAUCCUGCGCCAGUCACCACCUUUUGGGCCCACUCUGCCCCCCCAUUACAUUUGAAUGCCCGACUUCGGAUGCUGUUCUUGCAGUUUGUCUCCAGGCCCCUUUCCCUGUGUCCUUCCCGCAGCCCAGAACUUGUCGGGCUGAGCGCCGGCCCUCCCCCACACCUGAGCGUGCUUUGUAUUAACUUAUUGGUCCUAUGUAACGCCCAGAGCAGCUGCAAAGUGGCGGCUGCGCCCUCAGGCUGCGGGGCUGGGACUGUGGGUGUUCAUGAAAGAUACUGCAAUAAAGUCUGUGCUUUGCGAUUGGCUGAA